AUGGGUGGCUCCUCUGCCUCCUCUGCUUUAUCCUCUUCGUCGCUUCUGAGCAAACCAGAACAUUCCUACGCUUCUCCCUUGCCCCUCACGCCUCCUGAAAUUGAAGACAGUUUCCUCUGGAACCCAAAUUCACACAGCCUCUUUAUAUCUGAUAAUCAUUCUUCAGCAAGCUGCCAUAAUAUCGAUCCUUAUAUGGAGGACUUCUCUGCAAAGGAAACCUCAGAUUCAGACUCUGGACCUGAAAAGGAGCAACACAUGUCCUCUCUCGCUCUCCAAGGGACUAGAGCUACCGCAAGUCCAAUGAUUUUCUCCAACCACAGUCUAUUCCCUGGCGAGAGCUCGGACGAGUGGCUUCAAGACGCUCUUUUACCUGUUGUGUCGUCUCUCCCGCUGCCCAAAUUUCCAGGCGACUCUGUGCAGCUAGUCUCCCAAACCCUACCGUGCCCGCCAUCUGACUCCUCAGCCUCCGCCCUACCCAAGUCCGCUUUUACCCCCAUCGUUAAGGCGAUCCAGAACCGACUCCAGACCGGCUAUUUCCCAUAUAUAAGCAUCGUUCACGCCGUUCCUCCGAAAUUUAGCCUUAGCAGCCUCCCAACUUCGCCUCCUAGCACGCCGAACCUCCUCUUUCCUGGUGACGACUACUUUAAUAACACUGUAUUUUCAAGUGCAGCCGCUGUGCCAGCUUAUCCUUACAUCGAGCCGACAUCCUUUGCCUCGCCGGCAUGUCACCACACCUCUACUCCCAUUGUGCCCCCUUUCAGCGUCAAUGUCGCAGUGAUUGAACGAUACCUUCCGCCAACAUCCACACAAGAGUGCCAAGCUCUCUUUUUGAAUAAAGGCCCCUCAGUCCUCCUAGAUCGCCUACGUGAAUUAUCUCCGAACGGCGGGAAUCUCCUCUUUAUAUACCCCACCAAACGCGGCGCGGAAACGUUCAGAGACAAAUAUCUAAGCCCCAUACUUGACCCGCUACUUCGCCAAUUAGCUGUCAUCAAUGGGUUGUCUGCUGACAUUGGUAAUGCGCUUGGUCGAAUUCCUUCUAUUGCCUAUAUGGACGAAUUUGAAGGCAUGAAGGCUCGACUGCAGGCCAUCUGCGACAGCAUCAGCUCCAAAACUUCACCACCAGGCAUGUCAGCGUGCCACCAGACAAACUUCACCCUCGCCUACGCCGGCCAAGCCACCGUGAAACUCGACCGAUGCUUAUGGACGGAAUGGUACAUCCAGCAGGAAACCGCUCGCGCCCGCGAUAUCAUCAACUAUUACUGGCGCAAGGGCCAUCGCCUCCCGGAGAAUAAUAUCUUUAAUGCGGCACAGCGAAACCCGACGUCUCAGGAGGUGACCGGUGCGUCGCUGCUUCGCGAGAUCCUCGACGGCGUUCGCACUCGGCCCUACCCCGAUGGAUUUCAGCCGGACUGUGGGCUGGAGCUGGGCGUGUUCGUGAUCCGCAGGGCUCUUUCGUGA